GCCGCCUCUGCCUCCAGUCCCGAGCCCCGACCAUGACCUCCCCCUCCCGCUCGCCGCCGGAGUGGUCCUGCGCCCAGUGCACGCUGUUAAAUCCCAUCUGCUCCGAUUCCUGCGAGGCAUGCGAGGCCCCGCGCCCCUUGGAGGUCGACGCCGACAGCCCCGUCGUCGUGGUCGCCGCCCCCGCGUCGCCGCCUCGGCGGUGCGGGAGGAAGAGGGAACGCUCUCCGGCGGAGCGCCCCGUGGAGGUCCACGCCGAUAGCCCCGUCAUCGUGGUCGACGCCUCCGCGUCGCCCCCGCGGCGGUGCGGGAAGAAGAGGGGGCGCUCUCCGGCGGUUGCGGAGGCGGAGCCCCCCGUGGAGGUCCACACCGAUACCCCCACCGUCUUGGUCGACGCCUCCGGGUCGCCCCCUCGGCGGUGCGAGAGGAAGAGGGAGCGCGCUGCGUCACCGGAUGUCGUUGAGCUCUGCGAUAGCGCGGGCCGCGGCGGGGACGCGGACGGGGAGGACAAGGCGCCCGCCGCCAAGAAAGCAAAUCUAGGGAUUCAUUUGGAUAAGAAGACCUUCAAAAUCAUGACAUACAAUGUCUGGUUCCGGGAGGAUAUGGAACUGAGCAAAAGAAUGGAUGCUCUUGGAGAUCUUAUUAAGCACCACAGCCCGGACUUUAUAUGCUUCCAGGAGGUUACACCAUACAUACAUCUUCUUAUGCAAAAAUCUAAAUGGUGGCAACAAUACGAAUGCUUGUUGUCACAGGAGAUGGCUAUUCUGAAGCCAUAUUACUGCAUGCAGUUGAGCAAAGUGCCAGUUGAGCUAUCUAAAUACAUCCCAUUUUCUAACUCAAUAAUGGGAAGGGAACUUUGCAUCGCAAGUGUUAGCACAGGAGAGAUGACGAAGUUGGUGUUAGCCACAACCCACCUAGAGAGCCCAUGUCCUGCACCUCCUAAGUGGGACCAGAUGUACAGCAAAGAACGCGUAGAUCAGGCAAAGAAAUCCCUGGAAAUUCUGGGACAUUGCCGCAAUGCAAUACUCUGUGGGGACAUGAACUGGGAUGAUAAAGGAGACGGUCCCUUCCCUCUGCAGGACGGGUGGAUUGAUGCUUGGGUUGAGCUGAAGCCUGGAGAGAAUGGCUGGACCUACGACACGAAGGCCAACGGCAUGCUGUCAGGCAACCGCAAGCUGCAGAAACGAAUGGACCGGUUUCUGUGCAAGCUGGAAGACUUCAAGAUUGACAACAUUGAUAUGAUCGGGAAGGAGGCGAUACCGGGCGUGUCAUACUUCAAGGAGAAGAAGGUUCGGAAAGAGAUCCGGAAGAUUGAACUGCCUGUCUUCCCUAGUGACCACUUUGGUCUUGUUUUGACCAUUACCAAGCAGGGGGAUGGCAGCUUCUGAACUAUUGUUACAGUUGUCCUGCAGCAUUUACUGGAUGUUACGCUCUUUCGGAUAGUAUUUUAGGCCUGUGUUUUAUGCAUAUGCCCCUCGAUUUUGUGAAUUUUGUGAAGGAGGCAUCCGUAUGCUCGCGGACAUGCUAAUGGUGAUGAUUACCAUCUGCUGCUUA